AAACAAUAAUGGCGCUUCUGAAAGAAAAUCGACUUUCAACAAAUUUUCCCGCUAAACACAGUGUUGGUUAUGGUGAAUACGGAUAAAUUCUUCAAAUAAGAAUGGAUAAGCUCGAACAAUUUAUUAAACUUGAAAAAGCCGGAGAAGGCACGUAUGGGGUUGUAUAUAAAGCCAAAAACAAGAUCACAGGGAAGUUUGUAGCUUUAAAGAAGAUUAAAUUAGAAAAAUUUCAGAAUCGUGGGGACUCUGAAGGAGUUCCAUCAACAGCAAUCAGAGAAAUAAGUUUACUAAAAGGCAUACGGCACUCUUCUAUAGUUGAUUUACUAGGAGUUAUUUAUACUGAUGUAAAGUUGUAUUUAGUUUUUGAAUAUUUGGAUAUAGAUUUAAAGCACUACCUUGACAGACUGAAGCAAGUAAUGUCUGAAGAACUUUUGAAAAAUUAUGUAAGGCAAAUAUUGGAGGGAAUUGCAUACUUGCACUCUCAUACUAUCUUGCAUCGCGAUUUAAAGCCACAAAAUUUGUUGCUAGAUAAAGAGGGUCACAUUAAAUUAGCUGACUUUGGAUUAUCUCGUUCGUUUUCGCUGCCUGUACGAACUUACACACAUGAAGUUGUAACUUUAUGGUACAGGGCUCCUGAACUUUUAUUAGGAGCUAAAAUUUACUGCACAGGUGUAGAUAUUUGGAGUGUUGGAUGUAUUAUGGCCGAAAUGCUUACCAGACGGGCGGUAUUCCCUGGCGAUUCCGAGAUUGAUCAGCUUUAUAAAAUAUUUAGAGCAUUAGGUACCCCUGAUGAAAAUAUAUGGCCAGGGAUCAGCAAACUGCCUGAUUAUAAGCCCACAUUUCCUGUAUGGCCCCAAAAGGGUAUGAAAACAAUCGUCCCUGAUUUGAGUGAUGAGGGUGAAAAUUUUAUCAUUCUUCUGCUCAAUUACAACCCCGAGGAACGCAUAACUGCCAAUCAAGCCCUACAGUGUGACUAUUUAAAGGAUGCCAAGCUAACUUCCCCUGACCUGAGCUGCUUUGAAAAGAUCAAAUCAUAGUACACAGUAUAUUUUAUUUUGUAAAAAAAAAUAGUUGUUCACAAAAAAAAA